CUCGCCUCGGCAGGUAAGGCGAGGGUCCACGCAACAUGAACGUGUACACGGAUGGCGACGAACAGAAGGAACUCUGGGAUGAACUUAGCAAAGGAGUAGAAAGCUCACGAUUAGUUGUUGUGCAUUUGACGAAAGGAGACGAAGGGUUUGGUUUUAACAUUCGAGGCGGAGUUGAUCACCCUCAUGUCGGGUGUGACCCAGGAAUAUUCAUCACCACUGUCAGAGCUGACAGUGUGGCUGGGAGAGAUGGGAGACUAGAACCAGGGGACAGGAUAUUGGCACUAAAUGCCACAAAUCUUGAACGUGUGACUCAUGAUGAAGCUGUCAAUGAAUUCCACAAAGCAGAAGAAACUGUUUCCUUACUAGUGGAGAAGAAUGCUGAGGCAUAUCUGUUGUCAAACGAAGUCCCAAGCUCACCAGAAGUAACAGAGACAGAUGGACCAGUAACACUUGAACCAGAUCAGGAAGAACCCCCUAAUGCAGUUAUUAGUACAUUAAAACAUUUCUACAAUUCCAACCUAGGAGCUCUGUCAAUUGGAUUGGCAAUUGGAAGUUUAGCUGUCUAUGUUGCUCUUCGAAUUUAUAAAGUUAACAAGUAGCACUAGAGAUGAUUAGGGAUAGAUACACAAUUCUUCAGCCUUUGUUACCAAAGAUCCUCUAAAUGUGAAUUCUCAUAGCAGUGAACCAGAUCAAAAAACAUGUGGAUGUCAAUGGCAAAAAGUCUUUUUUAUUUUGGAAUGUCUACAAAGCAAUAUUGACAUUGAUAUGUGGAAUUCUGUAGGGAGAAAAUAGCUCAUGGUUGCUUUAAAAAACCUAAUCAUUCCAUGCCCCUGGAGCAGGGUGAAUUUCUACAUCAGUUGAUACUCUGAAGGUCAGUCUCAAAACUGGUAAUCGUCAAAAGCUACACAAACAUUCCAGCAACACAGAGUAUACCUCUCACUGUUAAGUGGUUUGACGACACAGAACAAAGUGAUUGGUUAUUUCUUAUUCUUGCAACAUAAUCGUUCCAUAAACUGUCCCCUCAUGUCUGAGGUUGCGUUUUAACUUUAUGUCAGAUUAAUGUUAUUUUCUUGGCCGGUUGAUCAUCCACAUUAUCAUUUUACACGAGGGACUAAAUAAUAUUACCCUAGCGCUGACAUUACCGUUUCUUCAAGAACAGCACGUGAGGUUAAAGAUGAUUGGUUUACGUUGGGCUAUUGUAGAUAGGCCUUUGUUAGCUAGAUACCGUUCAAGUUGUUUAUUAUUCUCGCCUUUUGUUCUCCCCUCCACCUGUCAUUAGAAAUAGCUAAGUGAUAAAUUAACUUCAUUCUUUUGAGAUCGUCACCCAUGGUUAAAAAAAUUGAAGAUGAAUAGCCAUUAGCUUUUACUCUUGAUUCCAAAUUUUUGUAGUUUAUUUUGCAUACACCAACAUGGAAAUAAAAUACAAAAUCCUC